AUGCGCUUCCAGGUUCUGCUGCUCGCUCUUGCUUCAGGUGUGGCUUUGGCUCACACCGGCCAUGACCUCGAGGAGGAGCUCGCCAAGCGACAGGAAUUUCUUCUCACCACUCGUGGAAACAUUGCUCACUGUGCCUCAAAGGUCAAGGCCCGUGGUAUCGAGGACCGCGCCAUCGCUCGCCGUGCGGCGACUGUGCAGGCGCUUCAGCAGAAGCGCGGCAUUGUCUCCCGCCGCGAUCUCGGCACCGUGCUGGCCACUGACCACAAUGCCACGGACACGGGGUAUGAUCUCACUACUCCCACUACUACUUUGUUCGCAUCGAACUCGUCUUGCGUCCUGACUCCCGAGGGCGAGAGCGGACCGUACUAUGUUGCUGGCGAAUACGUCCGCUCGGAUCUGACCGAGGAUGAGCCCGGUAUUCCUGUGCACUACGACUUCCAGUUCUUGGACUACACUACCUGUGAGCCCAUCGAGGGUGCCUACUACGAAAUCUUCAACGCCAACAGCACGGGCGUCUACUCUGGCACCAGCAACGGCGGCAAUGGCCAGUCUCAGAUCGGCUUGACCUGGCUGAGAGGUGUCCAGCCCACUGACGCAGAUGGUGUUGCUCAGUUCGAUACCAUAUUCCCUGGCCACUACGCCGGCCGUGCCACUCACGUCCACACCAUCCUCCACCUGGACGCCGAACCGCGCGAGAACGGUACCUUUUACGACCUCACCGCCCAGCACGUCGGCCAAGUCUUCUGGGACCAGUCUGUCCGCGACCUGGUGGAGCAAAUCUCCCCUUACAGCAGCAACACCAACCCCGUCACCUCCAACGCCGAGGACCGCGUCUUUGCCGUCGAGGUCGGCAACGACAAUGACCCCGUCUUCAACUAUGUCCAGCUUGGCGACAGCAUCGAGGAUGGCUUCUUGGCCUGGUUGACGAUUGGUAUUGAUCUGUCGCGUACUCCCACCACGAUCCACCCUGCUGCCAUCCUUCGUGCUUAA